AUGUUGGGCGAGACUUUGCUGGCCAAUCCAUGUCUGUUCGCGAAUGUCGUUCCCGAUCCUGUGAAGAUCUCGUUGGAAUAUCUUGAUCUAUGUCGCGCACUCCCCAGCACAGUGAUUUUACAGGCCAUGCAGACGCAUGUUCGGCAUUUCGUCGACCACCAAUGUGGUCGGCGGCCUUGGUUCAAUAAGUUCAGGACUGCACUGAAUCGCUGUCAGUCAGUCGACGACAUCGAACGGCUUUUACGGGUGAAGGUGCAGCGAUGGCGUGGAGUCGCACCUUUUCCUGGAGAUGACUUGGAAGCAGACGGCCUCCACGAGGUCGGUCAGCCAGAGAGUAUGGAUGAAGUGCUAUCGGCAAUAUCUCUCGUCAGAUAA